GUUUUAGCUUUAGACCAUAUCGAUAUCAUUCGAUCUGGGCCGUAGUUUCUACUUUAGACUGUGGUUUCUACUUUAUUAUAUAUGAGCAAAUAUUAUACGUUUGUGUUGAUUAACGGUGUGAAUUACCUGAAGAACAUAGCUUUCAUGCUACUGCAUAUUUGCUUUGAUACAAAAAAAUAAUCCACUGUUUGAUUCGUCUUCUGCAGAUUUGUCAGCAUCUCUGAUACUGUAAGCUAACAACGACAACCGAACGUCAACAAGCAUGCGUUUGUGUUGAUUUUGAUCGAUACGCCGCGGAAAGUUACAGUGUUUGAAAACAGUACUUGUAAUUUUCUGUCAGUAUACGUUGUAACGAUGGUAGAUUUCUAUAGCAAUAUUGAAGAAUUGCAGAAUUACUUCAAAACACACAAUAAAACACGAGAAUAUCAGGCACAUUCUUCUAAAGUGCAUUCUGUUGGUUGGAGUUGCGAUGGAAGACGAUUAGCAUCUGGCUCUUUUGAUAAAUGUGUGUCAAUAUUUACCUUGGAUAGAGACAGACUGAAUAAGGAGUUCACCUUCCGAGGGCAUGGUGGUAGUGUAGACCAGCUGUGUUGGCAUGCCUCUAAUACUGAUCUCUUAAGUACAGCAAGUGGUGAUAAAAGUGUUAGAAUAUGGGACACCAGAACCCAGAAAUGUGCCGCUACAAUCUUGACAAAGGGUGAAAACAUCAACAUUGCUUGGGCACCAGAUGGCAAUACUAUCGCUGUUGGGAAUAAAGAGGACUUGGUGACAUUCAUAGAUACCCGUACUCACAAGAUAAAGGCGGAAGAACAGUUUCAUUUUGAAGUAAAUGAAAUUGCAUGGAAUAAAGAAAGUAAUCUGUUUUUUCUAACAAAUGGCCAAGGUUGCAUACAUAUAUUAAGUUAUCCAGACCUAGAACUACAGCAUGUGUUGAAAGCACAUCCUGGAACUUGUAUUUGCAUUGAACUAGAUCCUACAGGCAAAUAUUUUGCUACAGGAUCAGCUGAUGCUCUUGUUUCACUGUGGGAUUUGGAAGAACUUGCAUGUUUGCGGACUUUUUCAAGAUUAGAAUGGCCAGUGCGCACAAUCAGCUUUAGUCAUGAUGGCCAGCUCCUGGCUUCAGCAUCAGAAGAUUUGGUGAUUGACAUAGGUGAAGUUUGCUCAGGGAAUAAAGUGGUGGACAUUGGAGUUGAAGCAGCCACAUUUACAGUUGCCUGGCACCCAUCUCAGUAUUUGCUGGCCUUUGCUUGUGAUGAUAAGGAAGCUUAUGACCGGAAAAGAGAUGCUGGUACAUUGAAAGUUUUUGGAUUCCCAUCUGAAUAGGCAGCUGAUAAGUGCUGGCUUUUCACCUGUGAUGAUUGAAGACUGAGCUCAGUGUGUAACAAAAGUAUUUUAAAGAGAAAAAUGUUGGAAACAAAUUGAUUUUACAUGCAGUUGUGAAAUACAGAAGAACUUUUGGAAGAAAGAGAUAUUUUGAUAAUAUUCUGUCUUAACGUGGUUUAAUUGAUUAUUGGGAAAAAAUGGAUAGUACAUGUACGAUUGCAGAUAAUUCUCAUAUGUCUUUUAUCAGUUGUUUGGUUGCCUGUAUAGUUUUAGGUAAGAUGGAAAUUUGAAGGUACAUGCUAUAACUAAAAGCUUUUUGUAUAUAAAAGAAAUUCAGGCCUAGUUGUUUGACUUUUGCAGCCAGUUGAUUAAUGCUUUUCUUCCACACUGAUUACACUUGUAUAAUUAAAAAAUUGAAUAAAUGUGUUACAGAUUGUCA